AAAUAGUUAUUGAAGUGUGCUAACAGAGUUAGGGCGUAGAAGGGGAGUCGAUAGCAGAGAAGAGAAUUGUAGAAAGCAAUGAGCUUGGCGCUGCUCCAAUCUUAUUCUUCUGCUGAAGAAGAAGAAGAAGAUGUUCGUGUCAGCUACAAUUCCUCCGAUGACGACGACGACAACGACCGCCGCGAAGCUUCGGCUUCUCUGAGCCGUUCGAUCGGUGACAGAUCCUUAUUCGACCUCCCAAAUCCCUCCUCUAAUCCUUCUGGACUUCCUUCUGCUUUUGAUGCCUUCUCCGAGAUUUCAGGACCACCGGAGUUUUUAAACAACUCGGUGGAAGAAUAUGGUUUCUCUGGAGAUGUGGAUCAGCAGCAUGGCAGACAUGGUGGUCGCCGGAAUCGCAAGGACAAGAAAGACGUUCCUGCUAGUUCCAUAGUGGAAGCCAAAGCUCAACUAGUGGGAAUCCAUGAACGAGUAAGAAGUGAUAUUGAGGGUAGCCAACCUCUAGUAUCAGCAGUUUCAAGCACAACACAAGGUGGCAAACGAGUGGCAACUGCAGCCAAUCCAAAUGCGGAGGAUGCUGCAGACCUGCUAAGAAUGUGUUUGCAAUGUGGAAUACCAAAGACAUACUCUAAUGCACGAGGAAUGGUGUGUCCGAUGUGCGGUGAUCGUCCUUCUGCAGACCCAGAUAAAGAGCCAAAAAAGAAGGGAUCUACCAUCAAAGAAAAGGAGAAGAGUAAGAGAAUGAAGGGUCAGUCAUCUCAUGCUGCAUGGAAAAGUGAAACGGAGAUGCAGCUCCGCCAGCAAUUUGAUUAACAGUAGCUGAGAAAGUUCAUGAAUUUGUGGGGUUAGGAUAACAUGUUUUAGGAUUAUAACUAUAUAUAUAUAUAUAUAUAUAGUAUCAGUGCUGUUAAGCUCUUAAAUUGUCAGAACUGAAGUUUAAUCAAGGUGUGUGCCUUUAUGCUUUGUUUCAAGAAUGGGUUCCUUCUUUUUCUUUUA